ACGUGUAGAGGAGAUGGUCAUCCUGUCUGUCUGUCUGAAGGGCUGGGUUUCUCUUUUAUCCAACAAGAGGAGAAAAAAAGAAUAGUUUGAUGGUUUCAAGCAUGACGAGACACUGAGAGAAGACUGACAAAUGAUGAUUUAAAAACUUCCAGGACUAACCAUGGCCAUACGGGAGCUUAAAGUGUGUCUUUUAGGGGACACUGGAGUUGGGAAAUCUAGCAUUGUUUGCCGAUUCGUCCAGGAUCAUUUUGACCACAACAUAAGUCCAACAAUAGGAGCAUCAUUCCUCACUAAAACAGUGCCAUGUGGACAUGAACUACACAAAUUUCUGAUCUGGGAUACAGCCGGACAGGAAAGGUUUCACUCUUUAGCUCCUAUGUACUACAGAGGAUCGGCAGCUGCUGUCAUAGUCUAUGACAUUACAAAGCUGGACUCUUUCCAGACACUGAAGAAGUGGGUGAAGGAGCUGAAGGAGCACGGCCCAGAGGACAUUGUUGUAGCCAUAGCAGGGAACAAGAAUGAUUUAGGAGACAUCAGGGAAGUUCCAAUGAAGGAAGCAAAAGAAUUUGCUGAAUCAAUUGCAGCUAUUUUCAUUGAGACUAGUGCCAGAAAUGCUGUCAACGUAGAGGAGCUCUUUCAGAAAAUCAGUAAACAGAUCCCCCCCCUGGAAAACGCUGAGGUUGAAAGCAACGAGUCCUUCAAACUCACCCGGCAGCCCGCUCCGUCCAGCAGGAGAUGCUGCUAGUACCAACAGUGUGUGAUGUCAUUACCUCCUCCAGCACAGCACAGCGUCCAUAAUGCACCCAGUGUAUCACUCUGACUGGACCGUAGAGGGACAGAGUUCAGCUUGCACAUGCGGUCAACUGCAUUAUGAAGUACCACCAGUAUUAUAUGUAUCAGAACACAUUCAUGCUGUUCUAGUGCAGCAGCUUCAACACAAGCCUUCAGUUUGUCUCCAUCUGGUGGUGUUUUUGCUGAAUUACAGCAGGAUUUCUGUCUGAGAUAUAACUCAUAGUUCAGUAUUAAAUUAAGGUUUCAUACCAUUUAACAUAGUAGCUUUUAAAGUCAAUGAAUAACAAGUGAUCUAGCUCAUGUGCUUUUUAAGCCAGUUUUUAAUGCAACAACAUUUUCACUGCACUGAAAAGAGCAAACAGGCACACUCUAGCCCCGUUUCCACCAAGCAGUCCGGUUUGUUUCAGUACAGUUUGGUACAGUUCGGUACGGUAAACCCUUAUCUUGCAUGUGUUUCAACAGCUAACCGUAGCAUUAUUUGUUAAACAAAGUGUAAGCCAGAUGGAGAUAGCCAAAUCAGCUAUGUAAUGUAUAGUGUGACAUUAUAGCAGCCCAACACAGUUUUUAAUUAAGUGGACCCUUGAGGGUUGAAUUGAUACCCUUGGCACCCCAACAGAAGGGUACCAAAAAAAGUAGGACGGUACAGAUCCAUUAUUUUGGUACCAUUCCCAACUU